AUGAACGAGACAAGAUUAGUUACAUCAAGCGAUUGGUCAGUAAACACUACCUUAAGUAAUUAUUAUCAACAAAAAAACUUUUCAAAUCUUCCAAGAGAACCAACAAGACAAGCUACAUUUAUUGGUGCAAUACUUGCAAUUGUAUUUAUUUUUUUCGGGCUUAUUGGAAACAUAAUUCUUAUAACAACUAUACUUUCUGCUAAAAAACUUCGAUCAAAUAUUAUUAAUAUUUUUAUUGUUUCGUUACAAUUUAAUGAUUUACUAAAUAUUGGUUUUAAUCAACUUUUCGUCGGUCUUUCUUAUGCUCAUCGACAUUGGGUUGGUGGUGAUCUCAUAUGUACAUUAGUCGUCUAUUUUUCUACUAUUUGUAUGGGUUGUCUUCUUUGGCAUCAUUGUCUAAUUGCAAUACAUAGAUUGAUUGUUGUUGUUUAUCCAAAUUUUUUACGUCGAAUGUCAGUGAAAACUUACGUUAUUGUUUCACUUGUUAUAACAAGAGUAUUACCUAUUACUUGUUGUAUACCAUCAUUUCUAACGGAUUCAAUAAGAUAUUCACAUCGAGCAUUACGUUGUUCAAUCGGUAAUAAAUUACAAAUAUUUAUUAAUAUAACAGUUCUUAUAUUUCUACCAAAUGUAAUUAUUAUAAUUUGUUUUAUUGUAAUAUUUGUUCAUGUUUUUCGUGCAACAAAUACAACUGUAAGAACAAAUACAAAUACAGUAUCAGCAUCGCAUUCAUUACGACGUGAAAUACGUAUAACAAAAAUGUUUGCGGUGUUAUUUAUACUAUUUUUUCUUGGAUAUCAUCCAUAUGGUUUUGUACGUGCAUAUGAU